AUGUCGCAAAUUGUUGCUUCAGUACAAAAUGACGGCAGAAUCCAAUUUGAUGGAUCCUUCAAACGUAUAUACUUACCUCAUAUGCAAUUAGUCAACAAAGAUGGCUCAUUUACGAUAAUGUCAUCCCAAGAUUUGCUUAACUUGAACCAGAAGUUAAGAUCUGGUCAGUUACAGGCGACAAGUCAGUAUCGAAUCAUUGGCCUCAACGGUUUCUCGUACAUUCUAUCUAACCAUCAAUUGCAACGAUUGGCAAAUCAUGAAGUCGCAGCAAUUCAUAACGCUCAGACCAUCGACCAACCAGGAUUUGGACACUUGUUCUUUUACAUUGAUAACAGUGGCACUCUUCAGAGUUUCGUCUACGAUUGGAAUUUGGACGAUGCUCUUGCGAGAGUUAGUCAAGAAGGUUACCCGAAUUCCCAGUCCCCCGAUUCUUACCAUCACAAUCGUUAUUCCUAUGCAUUAAAUAGGGAUGCUUCGCUUUAA